GAUGCGGUGCGUUUUUUGAAAUUUAGGUUAUGUCUUGUUGAUGACAUGAUGUGUUGUGAUACCUAAUUGAUAAUUUCAAUUAAGUAAGAUUCUAAUAACAAUCAAAUAAAUUAUACUAAUAUGCCUGUGAUUUUUUUUUGAUUUUGGCUAAAAACAAUAUUUCAACUAUGGCUGCCGUAUUGAAAAAACGAGCGUUGGCAGAAUAUAGCCAAACUGUACAGGAGCAGCCACCGGCUAAACAAAUAAAGAAACUUCGACUAGUAAAGAAAGCAGUGGUUGACAGUUCUGGUGGUGCUUACAUAGGAUUGCUUGACAAGUAUAAGUCAAGCUAUGACGUUCUACAACUUCUGCUGCGAGUAUCUGACUCUCUUCCUCUUCAGGAAGACGACAUUUCAUUGGCUGUCAGACGUCUUUGCGAUAACUUUCCAAAACAGAAGGAAGCAGCUGUCAGAGUUAAAAUUCUGUCACUUCUUGGUGAAGUCGGUACAGAACCAGGGUCUGAUGUAAUGGCUAUCAUAGACGACAUCCUAGGAUUGCUGAAAGAAGAAACAUCUCAUAAAGUUAUCGCUGAAGGACUAAAUUCGAUUUUCAAACUUGGAAAGCUUGUCCCCGAUUCCAUGGCUCCUGGAGUACAUUCAAAGCUGAUCACAGUUUCCAAAGAGUACCUGAAAGACACGAGUCAUAUGGUGAAGAGGAAAUGUUUGAGUAUUAUUGGAGAGUUCCUUCCGAAUAACGAGCGAGACCCGAAUACGUCGGCUACGAUGCGUUUUGUGAACGACUACACUAACAGUGAGGACCCCAGGGUUCGGGCCGACGCCAUUCUCACAUUGAUUGCUCUACACGAAAGAGGGAUUAAAGUGGACGUAUCCAUCUACAAUCAGACCUGUGAGUCGUUGAAGGACGAUUACGAAGUUGUGAGAAAAGCUGCUUUGAAACUUGUCUGGCUGCUCGGUCAAACUUAUCCAGAAACGAUGGUAGACGUGCACCAAGACAGCAGCGGCGGGGGCGGUAGCGGGAGUGGUGGGGGAGAGGAUAGCAUUCGUCUAGUGGACAGCGCAUUCAGCAAAAUAUGCAGCGGGGUCGGUGACCUAUCCAUGCUAGUGCGCACACUUUCUGCGCAGCUGCUGGGAAGUAUGCUGCUAGUAAGCGAUAAGUUUCUACAGCAGACACUCGACAAGAAACUCAUCUCUAAUUUGAGGAAAAAACGUUCAGCCCAUGAGCGAGCUUGGGAAAAUGUUACCUCAGGUGAAUGGGCCAGUGGUAAGAAAUGGGCAGAUGACGCCCCUAGGGGGGAAGCCGUGGAUGCUGAUCAAGUAAAUCUCAUUCAUAGCGGGGCAUGUGGUGCCUUUGUACAUGGCUUGGAGGAUGAAUUCCUAGAAGUGAGAAGUGCCACACUGGACGCUCUCUGUUCACUGUCACUGAACAACACACACUUUGCCAAUAUGGCGCUGGACUUUCUGGUCGACAUGUUCAACGAUGAAAUCGAAGAUGUGCGACUGAAAGCCAUUCAUGCACUCACCAAAAUAUCCCGGCACAUUGUGCUCAGGGAAGACCAGCUGGAGACUAUCCUCUGUGCUUUGGAGGAUUUCUCAAUGGACGUGAGAGAAGGUCUCCACAGUAUGAUGGCCGCAUGUCGGCUCUCUACCAAGGGCUGUCUCAAGAUGUGUGUCGAACGGCUACUAGAUAAUCUCAAAAGGUACCCACAAGACAAGAAAUCCACCUGGCACUGCCUACAGAAGAUAGGAGCUCUGCACCCCGAGCUAACCUUGCCGUUGGUUCCGGAACUGCUGUCUAUUCAUCCGUUCUUCGACAUGCCGGAACCGGAUGUGGAGGACCCGGCCUACCUGUCGGUGCUCAUUCUGGUGUUCAACGCCGCCCAACAUUGUCCCACAAUGGUGCAGCUGUUCGAAGACGUCACUGUGCAGCAUUAUAGUUAUCUAAGGUCGACUAUACCUCAGUUGGUGCCGCAUUUGAAGUACUGCGGCGCGCACGCGACUGAACUCGCACCAGUGCCGACCUCCUCGCUUCGCUUCCUUGACAGCAUCCUGUCCCGCGUGGCAGCCGCCCCAUCUCCCCGCGUCUCAGCCACCCUCCUGGAGGCAGCCGGCCGCCAUCUUGCCACCCUGUCCGACAUAGACGCCACUGUUGCCGGGUUGGCGCACUUCCUCAGUCUCUAUAUUGCCAGCCAGCUGCAGUUGGGCAAACUGUUGGCUGACAACCGGUGCUACAGCAACAACACCACCUCGUUGCAAGCCAAUCCAGUGCGCAACUCUAUUGCGCAUCUCUUGCAGUUAUGUCUCAAGCUAGAAUACUUGUUCGCUGGACUGGAUGAAAAAGAUGUGGCUGCCGUAAAACAGUUGAAACUGCGCACCCUGGCGCUUCAACUCGUCUACAUUGUCAGAGCGUCCAAUUUAUCAGCACUUGCUCUGUGUGACAACUUCCUACUGCAAGUUGAAAGCACCGAAAGGUAUUUGAGCGAGACAGGUCUGGCGCCUGAGCAGUUCACCUCGUCAGUAUUCAAAGAGAUGAGUGGUUUGGAGGAAGCCAAGCCUGGAACGGUGGCUCGUAUCCUACUGCCUCUGCUACAGAAAUCGGUUCAUCCUCCGCCUCCCAGGCCAAGCACCAUGGUGCGCAUGUGUCAGGCGACCAUCAACACACCGUCGGCCAACAUGGAGGUGGUGAUGAAGUUCACCGCCGGCCUGGUGAUGGGCAUCGGUCUGCACGCAGACAUCGACUGUCUGCUGCAUCCACAUCUGCUGCGCAUACGUCUCAAGUACCCCGACCAACAGGUGCAGCUCAUCGCGCCCAAGCAGGCCGAUCUACGGCAAACGCCUGCCAGCCAAGAUGACGUCAUCAAGAGUGAAGACGGAUCAAACCCAGGCAACAACUACCGUCUAUUCACCACUGUGCUGAUAUCUCAUCAGGUGUGGACAGAAGCCUGCUAUGUGGACAUCAGUCUAGUGCUGGAUUUGUCGGAGAAAGAAUCAGGACUAGUUCAUAGUGCGCAAAAAUUGAACACUUCUGUCGAGCCCUGUAUAAUAGAACUUUGCAAAUCGGUUAAGGUCUAUGUCUCGCCGAAAGCUGUCAAGAGAGGGGUUUAAAUGUGAAUUUAAUUUUAAUUUGAACUCAGUCGUCAAUUUAAAUUUAAUUUUAUGUGAAUAUUGUUUUUUCUUUCUAAAUACUUGAUGCCAGUUGCACAAAAGCCGGUUAAAUUUGUGAUCAAUUUCACGAUAACCAAUCAGUGAAGCCUUUCUGAAAUAGCUGAUUAGUUCGUGUUAAAUUAAUCACGAUUGAAAUUUAAAUUUCAAUCGGUUAAAUUUCAAUCGUGAUUAAUUUCACGAUAACCAAUCAGAGAAGCCUUUUUUGAAAUAGCUGUUUGGUUCGUGUUAAAUUGAUCACGAUUGAAAUUUAAAUUUCAAUCGAUUAAAUUUCAAUCGUGAUUAAUUUCACGAUGACCAAUCAGAGAAGCCUUUUUUGAAGUAGCUGAUUAGUUCUUGUGAAAUUAAUCACGAUUGAAAUUUAAUCGGUUUUGUGCAACCAGGCCUAAUUGAUCAAAGUGACUGUUUAUUGAAUGUUGUAUAUUUCAACAUUAAUUUUUUUCUGCAUAAUAAAUUUAGUACAUUAACACUA